CGGUUCCUGGUGUUGCUAUGGCGCCCAGAGCUUCAAUUUAACUACCAUAACCUCAUUAGUGUGGGUUUACUCGCUGGUAAGGCAUUUUUGUGGUCCAUUUUUAAAGCGGAUAUCGAUGUAAAACAUCAUAACAACAUGACGUUACAUUUUUGGUCGACUGGGUCGUCAUUGAAGAAGCAUCAGGGAGGAGUAAACCAGCAGGAUGGACAUCACAGAGGAAAAUAUGACACUGAAGGAGAUGCUUGAGAAAAUAGCUGAGCUGGAUUACGGUCAAAGCCAGCUGAGGGACCUGAAUGCUGAGAUGAGGCACUGGCUGGAUGUUGCAGAUGAUGAAAUAGCAACGCUGCGCUCGGAGAAUGCUGCUUUCAAAAAACAAGUCAAAGCCCAGGAGAAGAUCAUCAGUGAAGCCCAGCAGGUUGAAGCAGAGCCUUGCAGAUCCCUCCUGGCUGAUGAGCUCGAUGUAAAGACGUGCAGUGAAAAAAGGAUUCAGAAAUUGGAGAAGGAAUAUACCAUGAUAAAAGAAGAAAAUAAGAAACUAACUGCAGAGCUUAAGAGCCUCUGGCAAGAGAGAGAGCGGGACAAGACCACCUUGAACAAGUUCACAGUGGCUCUUCAAACCCUCGAGUGUGGAAUUGAAGAGGCUCAGUUAGGGCUGCAGCAUAGGGAUGAGGUUAUUCAUCAGAAAGACUUGCAGAUAAAGCACUCAAAGGAAACAGUAGAAGAGUGUUCCAACAUCAUGAAGGAUCUCAGGCUGACAAAUCAGGAGCUGAGGAAGCAGUUGGAGGACACAAAGGAUGAAGCCUCAUUUGCUGUUUUGAGUGACGUAAUAGGACAAAAGGAAGGAUCGCUCAGUCCCCUUCUGUCCUUCGCAGAGGAAAUUAAGCUGCUCGCCUCUUCAGCUGAAGUGAAAACCAGCAAGUCAAACUCCAAAGAUCUUAGACAUGAGGAAAAUGAGGCUGAGGAGCUGCUGGACCAUCAAAGUCUCACAGUAGACCUUCAGACCAAAAGGUGUGCAGGUAACUUGGAGACGGCCUUCCAGAGAGCAGGACUAUUGAUGCUGUUCCUCUUCGUUCUCACUGUUUUGGCCUUUGUGGCGUCAGGAAGCUGUGCAGGAAACUCAGGGUUUUUUUCCAUGAACACCUUGUGGAGCAGUGCACGCCUGAUGUUACAGCCCUACUGCACUGUGCAUUACGGCGCCCUACCUCCUAUUUGAUCUCUUAUAAAUAUGUUAACUCCCUUUAUCUGGCUGAUUGUGGGGUUUUUCUGUAGCUGAACAUGUUUUCCACUCGACAGAGCAUAAAGUUUUUAUCAUAAAUAUUUAAUUUCUUUGAAAAAUACCACAUGAAAUUUGCAGUGCAGUGCAUUUAUUAAGGAUUUGUGUAUCUGUAGCUGUCUGCUGUAGUCCAAAUGUCUGCUGUGAAAAAGGCUUAUUUAAAUCUUACAAACGUUUUCCUUGUGUUUUUAGAUUAAAUACUAGAAACAAUAUCAGUAAAAAUAUCAGUAAAAAUCCAAUAUAGCAGGUCUGACUAGGAAGAACAGAUCAUUUACUGUUUACAUGUUGUUUCUGACUUACUGUAAAUCAAACUCAACUUAUACCUAAUAUAUAUGACAAAUGUUUUGUUUACAUUGCUCAACCCAAUCUUUAUAUAACUUUUUUUAUUUUUUUUUUUAUUUUUUUUCUCUUGCCCACUACACAUCUGACUAAAAUUGCAUCAAAGUCAAUGAAGGAAAAUUAGUUCAAGUAUAUACUAACUUAACUCGGUCUUCAAACAACACUCACAUGCCCGUAUGUACACCGGAAAAGUUAUUUGCUGUAGUUGUUUCUCCUGUUGAACCACAGAAGAAAUAUUGUACUGAUUUGUUGUUAAUUAACUUUAGCUCAUUUUAAAGAAGAGAGUAGUUACAGCAACCAAUAACUCAUCACUGUACAUAUGGCCAUGUGAGUAUUGUCUUAAAAUGCACUUGAAUAAAUUCCCAUCCUUUAAGAUGAGUUGUUUUAAAUGAACAGAGUUUCCCCCCACUCUACCUUUACUCAUUAGGACCCUGAUGUUGAAAAGUGUGUAGUUGCACCAAAUUAGUAGUGACCACAAAAUAAAGCCCUUUAGCAGCCUCGACAAUCUCCACAAAUAGCUUAUACAGUCCAGUCUGCCAGUAAGACCAUCACUUAUUAUUAUAGUCUCUCCCAGUGUCGACAUUGUUCAUGUUGUAAAUUACAUUUUCACAUUUUGAAUUACAUGCACUAGUAGAAGUGCUUCCAUGCCUCUCUCCAGUCGCCCCACCCAGCUGAAGACGCUCCCUGGUGGUCUUGUCUGUGACUCCAGGAAAACACCUCCUCCCAGACGGAACAUCAUAAAGAGUGAGGGGGGCGGUGGUGGAUCAGAUAUAGGGCAGCGGGGAUGUGUGGACGGUCUGAAUCGAGGGAUAUUACUGUAUAGCUGCUGGCUGAUGAUUCAUUGUCUGUGCGUGUCUGCUGGAGUUGGAGCUCGUGGAUGUGGAUGCUGCGUUGAUGCCCGCUGACUGGAGCUGGUUGCUGAGAUGCUGCUGACAGGCCGAGUCCAAUCAAACACCCCCCUGUACCGUGGAUGGAGCCCGAAGCUCAACUAGCUGAAAGAGAAUCAAUCGGGGAAGAAAAAAAAAGAAA